CUAUGUAGGGUGCCCAAACUUUUGCACAUGCCACAAUGAUUUUUUAAUUUUUGUUCAAUUUAUGACAUAAAAAGUAACUGCAUUAAGUUUGCUGAAAAUAUAGUGUUUUUUCCAUAUCCUAGAGAGACUGUGUCUUUUCAAUUAAAAAAUCACCAAAAUAUGUUAUUUGUCAAGGGGUGCCCAAACUUUUGCAUACAACUGUAAUACUGGGACAGGGGAAAACUGGAUUUGGUCAUAUAUCUGCAAAGAAAAAGUCAAUAUAUCACGUCCACUUGUCUUUUGCUGGAAGCUUGUGAAUUAAAAAGAUUCCAUGACUGGAUGCCGGAUUUUGACAUGAAAUGUACAAGUGAAUAUGGUGGCUGGUGCUUUGAUAAGGGAUAGAUGUCAGGAAAGCAGAUAUAAAUUCAAUGCAUUUUCAAACAUUUAUGAAGGAAAAAAAUAACAACAUAGAAUUAUAUGUCAUAUUUAAGGAGCAAAUGUUUCAUGAAUCUGGUCUAUUGUAGAAAUAACAGCUCCAUAUGAACUGUUCCUUAAGAGCUUAACAUUGCCUAUCCUAAGGCAACAUUUGCCAAGUAAAGCAAUCCUGAUCCCUUAACAUAUAUACAGAUAAUUGCACUCCGGGAUGCCAGCAUUACUGGAAUUUGAUGGCUGCUUGAUUGGGUCCCAUGCAACAAACAUCCUCAAUGGGCCCUGUUGUCUGACAUUUGUAAACAAUACAGUAAUAUUCAACAGUUCCUUCUGGAAGAGAAUCAGGCCCCACCUCUAUAUAUAACGAAAAGCUUUCGACUCAUUUGUCAUUUUGCUGAGGAUCCGAUGUCAAGAACUAUUCAAGGUGUAUGAGCCAUGGAUCAGAACAGCAGCAGUGGGAACCUGAUUAUAAUUGAUAGCGACCCCAGGGUGUUGAGGGUGAGGACGGCCAUAGUGCAAGUGCUGGUGUGGUUCUUUGUUUACAUCGACAUCUUCAUGCUCUUCACCUUCUUCAGUAAGCAGGCUUUUCGGGGCACCGCACGCUACAUCCUGUUUGCUCACACCCUGCUGGUGGACUCUGUACUCCUGCUGCUCACAGACCUGGUGGUGCUGUUCGGCUACUUCAAUGUGCGCAUACCUGUCAGUUACUGCAUCGUGCUCUGCGUUCUCAUGGGAAUCGGCGUUAAAAACACGCCCUACACCAUCACCGCUAUGUGCCUGGAGCGCUACGUGGCCAUCUGCAUGCCGCUUAGACAUGCCAGCAUUUCCACCACCGGCAGGACCAUGGCUGCCAUCGCUAUUAUCUGGGCAUUCAGCUCCGUCAGACUCAUCAUGGAUCUCAUUAUCUUCACUGUCUUGGCCCCACCUGGGUACUUUGCCAUGCCCACUUCAUGCUAUUAUCAAGUCAUGCUGGUGACUGAGUGGCACAACCUCAUGUAUGUCAUAUUUAAUCAGAUGGACUUUGUUAUUAUUAUGGUGAUCAUACUGUUCUGCUACACCAAGAUCAUGCUGGCGGCUCAGGCUGCCUCUGGAGAGAAUAAGCAGUCUGUGUCAAAGGGGCGACGCACGCUCCUGCUCCACGGCCUGCAGCUCAUUCUGUGCAUGGCUGACCUGUGGACCCCCUAUAUACUGGCUGCUGUUCAGAAGCAAAGUCCACACUUGUACCUGCCCAUCCGAUUCUUCAAUUUUGUUGCUUUUACCAUUAUCUCAAGGGCCCUGAGUCCCCUUAUCUAUGGCCUGAGGGAUAAAAAGUUUUGCCUUGCCCUAAAAUAUUACAUGAGCUGCAAGGUCUAGCAUGCGUCUGCAGAAAGCUAGCAGCUUAGGAUGAAUGGGAAACAGAGAAAGCCACAGGAAGAAACUUGUCUGUGUGCAUUGGUAUCCAAAAAAAGAAGGAUUAAACAACAAUUGGAAAAUUUGAUAGGUUUGCAGGUUUUAAUGAAGAGGUGAAAUAAAUAAAAUGUUUCCUAUGUUGCAGUGUGUUAUAGCCUUUGCAUCUUCUAUUUGCUAUCAUUUGAUAUUGUAGAAAUUUCAUCUGAACGGAAAUUAGGCAGGAUACAAUUACUAAAUACUAACUAUUGUUUUUCAAUGCCAAAGAGCAGACGUUUGAAGGAUAUUCAGUGCACAAGGUGCGAUGUAGUGGCCCAAGCUUCAUGUCAAGUGAUCUCAAUACAUUAAAAUAAAAACAAUCACACAUUUCUGAGAAAGAGGCAUAAUGUUGUAUAUAUAAACACAUAUUACUUAACAUUUUUCUAUUUUGAAUUUUAAAAAAAAUAUUUUACUCUAGCCAUGUCAGGAAUUACAGCCAAUAAAAUGGCAUUGACCAAGUUCAUUUUGUGUAGGGCACUUAUUAUUACCCAUAAGAAAUUGCUUUUUAGACAAUCAGUUGACAGCACUAGACUGUAGGAAAUAGUGCCAUCUGCUGACAAUAGCAAGGGGAAAUGGUUCGAUUCGCUCCAGUAUUGAGAUAUAAGCAUGUGUCUUUGCGAAUAUACGUCAUUCUGACAACACAUGCGUAAGCUGAGUAUUUUAAUAUAAUCACAUGAAGAAAUUGCCUGAAUUUGAAUAUCCUGUAUAUUUUUUUGUUUUGUGUAUAACAUUUCACCCAAUUAAAUUAUGAAUUUAUCCCAAAAUGAAGU